CUCUUAUCUUGUUUCCACUGAACCGUAAUACAUCUGCUAGUUUAUUGUUAUCAUACAAGAGUUAUAUAGAGCCAAUAGAAUGGGAGACAUGCCUGCCUUCGGUAAGGAAAUGCGCGAAAAAGAAUUUGACCUGAAAGAUGGCGUCACAUUCAUUAACCACGGAUCAUUUGGUGUUGUUCCAUUGCGAGUACAAGAAGCACAAAACAGAGUUCUACGCGAAAUCAACAGCUUUCCUGAUCUAUGGUUCCGAAUAAACAGACGAGUAAAACAAGAUGCAUCUCUACGAUUGAUUGCUGAGUUUGUAAAUUCUGAAGCAGACGACCUGGUUUUCGUUCAAAAUGCUACAACAGGUGUAAACACUGUACUAAAGUCAUUCAAAUUUGACAAAGGAGACGUCAUUCUAUGCACUGACAAUACUUAUGCAGCUAUCAAAAGUACCUGUAAUGCAACUUCAGAACUACCUGGUGCUAAAGAUCUUCGCGUAGAAUAUAUAGACUUAAAAUUUCCUAUUGGGAAUGAAGAUGAAGUUGUAGAAAUGUUUCGGGAAUAUUUCAAGAAUAACCCGAAGGUUAAAUUAGCAGUUAUAGAUCACAUAACUAGUCCAUCAGCCAUAAGAAUGCCUAUUGAAAAGUUAAUACCACUUUGUAAAGAGUUUGGAGUAUUGUCAUUAAUAGAUGGUGCACAUGCGCCUGGACAGAUUCCUCUCAAUCUGAAAGAGUUGGAUGCCGAUUUUUAUACAGGUAAUUUUCAUAAAUGGCUGUACACACCACGUGGAUGCGCGAUACUUUACGUUAAGAGGACACACCAGAAUUGGGUUAGACCUCUUGUGACAUCGCAUGGGCAUAAAACAACAUUCCAGAAUGACUUUUUCGAACAGGGAACGCGAGACGACAGCCCAUAUUGUGUUGUACCGGACGCUUUGAAAUUCUACCAAGAUAUUGGCGGAUAUGAUAAACUGAACGCUUAUGUAGAUGACCUUUUAAACAAAUCUACCAACAUGUUAACAUCCGCAUGGAAGACAGAAAAACUGCAAAUUCCAAGAUCAAUGGAAGCACCAUUUAUGCGAAUGGUUCGUCUACCAAAUCUGGAAGGACUUUCAUCAGGCUCGAACAGCAAUCAGUACAUAGUGGAUACCAUGUUGAAUUACCAGAUUGUUGUGGCUAUAGUGUUCGUAGAUGGUGACUUCUAUUGCCGACUAAGUGCCAAUAUCUACAACACAGAACUUGAUUAUCAAACGUUGUGCCAUGUAAUAGAACGUCAAUUUGAAUAAAGGAAUAUAAUCAAACGUCCGGAGCUCUGAUUAACUUUCUUUAAUCUUUAUUUGUGUCCUAUGAACUAGAUUUUUUUCUCUUUGCAGAAUUUUUCCCCAUUGUAAUUGUGUAAC